CGCUGAAGAGGAGACGCUUGGAGCCUAGGUUAAUAAUAUCAGAGAUGCACAUGACCUGGGGAAUCUACAUGUAACACCAGUUGAGCCCCAGAAAGGCAGUGCAGCCACAGAAGUGCUGAGAAGGGGAAGGGACCUGCUGGUCAAGCAGUGGGACUGACAAUCAAGACAGCUGGAUCUGCGUAACAGUGGGGAAGGAAAGGCCCCCUUCUUUCCCGAUCACAGCCAGGGGGCGGAGCCUUCUCUGAGCAGCUUGGAAGUGAGCUGUGCCUGGCCAGCCUUGGGGGAGGGGCUGCAUUUCGCGAGGCUGCAGCUGACAAGAAGCUUCAAGCCUAGGUUAAUAUCACAGAUGCACGUGACCUGGGGAAUCUGCAUGUAACACCAGUUAAGCCCCAGAAAGGCAGUGCAGCCAUAGAAGUGCUGAGUGGGGGAAAGACCCUGCUGGUCAAGCAGUGGGAGUUCUCAAGACAGCUGGAUCACAGGGCCAGACCCACCACGAUCCACAGGACAGUGGGGGGCGGAGCCUUCUCUGAGCAGCUUGGAAGUGAGCUGUGCCUGGCCAGCCUUGGGGGAGGAGCAGCAUUUCUGGAGGCCACAGCUGACAAGAACCUUCAAGCCUAGGUUAAUAUCAGAGAUGCACAUGACCUGGGGAAUCUACAUGUAACACCAGUUGAGCCCCAGAAAGGCAGUGCAGCCACAGAAGUGCUGAGAAGGGGAAGGGACCUGCUGGUCAAGCAGUGGGACUGACAAUCAAGACAGCUGGAUCUACAUAAUAGUGGUAUCUUCCAGUGUCGUCCCAUUCAAACAACGUGUUCAAGCAUCCUUGGGAAAUUGAGCUGAAGGAGAACAGGCCACACAAGCUGUAAACCCUUUGUAGUCCUAAGACAAAAGAGGCUUUGUUAAGAGUUUUGUUUUUGUUAAGAUAGGCUUUAGCAGUGACAAGGACAGGCAGCCACCUCAACCUUUAAUAAUAACUUCUUUGCACAGAAAUCCAAAUCAUAAUGGAUGCUGAGUAUGUCCUAUGCAAUUGGCAAGACCAGGUAUGGCCAGCAAAAGUUUUGUCCAGAUCUGAAACUUCAUCAAACAGUAAGAGAAAAGGGGCGUUUUCCCUAGAAGUUCAAAUACUCUCACUAGAUGAAAAAAUUAAAGUGGACAGCACAGAAACAAAGAUUCUGAGUAAAUCUCAAAUUGAAACCAUUGCCUCCUCACUAGCAGUACAGUCAGAGAUCAGUGAUCCACCUGGAGAGGAAACAGCCUAUGGAAGAUCACUAAAAGCGGCACUGGAUAUUCUGAACAAGAGAGCAAAUUUGAGUCAAGAAAGCAUUUCAGAUGAAGAAGAAGAGAUCACUAUGCUGUCUCAAAAUACAGUAGAAGAGGUGUCUGAUUCACCCCCUCCUAAAAAGUAUCGGAAGCAUGAAGGGGACUCACCAAAGUGUCCUGAAGAGAGUGAAAACCCAACAUCCCUGUUGGUACAUUCAGAGAGUGAUGAUUCCUUGUAUGAUGAUAAAUCUCAGAUGCACACAACCAGUGGUACUAUUCCAAGUGAAAUGGAAACAAAGUCAUCACAAAACUCCAGCUGGUGCCAAACUUUCCCUUCAUUUUCAGAAGAUGAUGAUGAAAAAGAGAACAAGAAAAAGAUUGACAUCUCAUCAGUUAUGUCUGUGCAUUCUACAGUAAAAGAGGAGGGUGCAUGUGUUAAAGAUGAAAAGUUUGUUCCAUCUUUGCCAUCAGAUAUCCUCACUGUGCCUAAAGCUUUAGAAGACGAGGCACAAGACAUCUGCCCAGAGACCCUGGCUAUUCCCUCUGAAUGUUCUACCUUCUCAGAGAAUAUUGAGGAUCCUGGAGAGGGUCCCUCAAAUCCAUGUAUGGAUGCCAGCCAGAAUCAACCUUCUGUGGAAACAGAGAUGGGAGCCACGACAUCUGCUCCAAGUUGUUCAUGGGAAUGCCAGGCUUCACUUAGUGCCUCUAACCGUGUCCAGGAAUACUCAGUACUUCUUGCGAAUAGGGAACAAAAUCUUCAGACACUGGAUUUUGAAGAACUUGAGGAUGAAAUUCAGGCUUCUGACAAGUCGUCACUUCUAAAUCCUGUUAAUGCUUCUGCAUUAGAUGACAAUGAGGAAGAUGAGGAACUUCCACGCUUUGUUUUUCAUUAUGAGCCACGUUCAUUUGAAACAGGAAUGAUAGUCUGGUUUAAAUAUCAAAAAUACCCAUUUUGGCCUGCACUGGUAAAAAGCAUCAGGCGAAAAGAGAAGAAAGCAAGUGUGGUUUUUGUUGAGGCAAACAUGAAUCCUGAAAAGAAAGGUAUUAGAGUAAACUUUCGAAGACUAAAGAAAUUUGAUUGUAAAGAGAAACAAGCACUAGUGGAUAAAGCCAGGGAGGAAUAUAGUGAAAGUAUUGACUGGUGCAUCUCCCUGAUUUGUGACUACAGAGUUAGAAUAGGUUGUGGCUCUUUUACAGGCUCUUUCCUUGAGUAUUAUGCUGCUGACAUUAGUUAUCCAAUUAGGAAAGCAAUCAAACAAGAUACCUUCAGGAACUUAUUUCCAAAGCUGCAUAAUAAAGAUACUAUGGAACCGAUGGUUGUGACUUCCCAAGCCAAGAAAAUGUCCUUCCAGAAAAUUCUCCCUGACCGGAUGAAGGCUGCUCGGGACCGAGCCAACAAGAACCUGGUGGACUUCAUUGUAAACGCAAAGGGAACAGAGAACCACCUUCUGGCCAUUUUAAAAGGCACAAAAGGAUCCAGAUGGCUGAAAUCAUUUUUGAAUGCAAAUAGGUUUACUCCCUGUAUUGAAACAUACUUUGAGGAUGAAGAUCAGUUGGAUGAGGUGGUGAAAUAUUUACAAGAAAUCUACAAAAAAAUAGAUGGCAGAAUGCUGACUCUAAUAAAAGAUGAUAAAAUUAAGUUUAUCCUGGAAGUUCUUCUGCCAGAAGCAAUUAUUUGUUCAAUUUCUGCUGUUGAUGGAUUAGAUUACGAGGCAGCUGAAGCAAAGUAUCUAAAAGGACCAUCUCUAGGCUACAGGGAAAGAGAAUUAUUUGAUGCAAAAAUCAUAUUCGAAAAAAGACGGAGACCAUUAGCAAAGGAAGCUCAUUAAAUCUCCUGAGAGUUGAAACCAGAGCAGGGAGCAUUCAUAGAUACUAGUUUUUAAAAAUCUCUGAAUAUUAGCCGUUCUAACUGCAAUGAGAUUCCUCAAACAAUUACAGAUAGACCUACCAUGUGACCCAGCUAGUCCACUGCUGGGAAUAUACCCAGAGG